CCCUCUGUUUUAUGUUUUACUGCAGAUUUGUUUCAUUUAUUGUUAACUGAUUUCAUUUCAACUCGGUUACUGUACUGGAAUGAAAGUUCCAAACCAUCAAUUUGUGUCAGUAACUUUUCACCAGAUUCGCUACCUUCGAUUUCUUCCUGAAACAUCCAGAGGCCAAACUUUUGGAGACAUUUGUAUGCUUACCUACGCCAAACGCAAAAACGCAAACAAUCUAUAAACCUGACAGCUUUGAUCAUCACAACAAGAACCUCGCGGGCCUUAAACUGUCAUAAUGGCCAUUGCUGAAAUUUCCCAACCUAUUCAAUGUUCUGAUGGUGACAAUAUAACCUAUAAACAUAAGGUGUUCUCGAAUACGAUGAUAAGAGACAUUCCGAACCUACAAGAAACAGAAGAUGGAUGUCUUGUGUCAAUUUAUAGAAACCAUCUCAAUCAAUAUAUUAAGAUAAGAAACUCAGCAGAUGAUGGCAUAGGAUGGGUAUUAAUUGACUCUCUAACCAUCACUGGUCCCCUGGAACUAUCUGAUAUCCUGCCACAACCAGUUAUUGAAGCAGUGUUGCCAAAUCAACAACCAGAUGGAGCAGUGUUGCCAGGUCAACAACCAAAUGGAUCAGUUUUGCCGGAUCAACAAGCAAAUGAAGCAGUGUUGCUAAAUGAAAAUGCUAUAGCAGCAUUGCCCCGAGCAGCUAUUGAGGAAGCUAUGUCUGGCCAAAGUGAGAAUGAAGCAGUGUUGCCAGAUGAACAAGCGAUUGAUGGAGUAUUGCCAGAUAUGGAUGACAUAGUGCUAGAACAAGACAAUGCAGGAUUGGGGCUAGAUCAGCCUGACGAAGUUGUGCCACACCAAAGCAAUGGAGAAGAGUUGCAAGAUCCAACUGGCAAUGCAGAAGAGUUGCAAGAUCCAACUGGCAAUGCAGAAGGAUUGCAAGAUCCACCUGCUAAUGGAGAAGUGUUGCCAUUCAUCCCACUGCAAGUGCAAAUCACAGGCUUCACCUUCCGGUCCACAGAUGCAUCAAAUUCGGAAGAAAACUUGAGUGAGAACCCUACUCCGGAACAAGUAUAAGCAUACACCCUGUGCCUGCUUACGAGUUACCAAGAUUGUGUGAAUGUUUUUUUGUAUGACUGACAAUUUAGACAACCCAAUUACCACUGGCAGCAAUUGUUAGGUCACAUUAAAAUGCCCCAAGUGGUAGCUAAAACUCAGUAUCUUUAUGAAUUGCCGGAUAAUAUCUCUGUAAAACAUAUGUAUCUUGAUUUUGUCUUGUCUGUGUUUCUGUUUCAUGAAUGAUGGCAGUGAGUUAUCUGAAAAAUAUGUAAGGAAUGUUAUUAUUCUUAACUUAUAAUAGAGAGGUGUAGAUUAAUUAACUUAGUUAUCAGGGUUAAUUUCAUAUCAUAUACUUUAAUUAUGAAUGUAACACCAUAGGUGCCUAUCAAUGUAUACUACACAGCCUUGAUUUCAUAUAUUUUCAUCUUCUGGUUUGAAUUUAUAUUCAAAGUUGGUCAAUAUUAUGUGUGUUUGUUGUGGUUUGUGUUGUGCUCUGUGUCUGUGCGUUCAGUUUUUGUUGCAAAGAAGUACAGACUUCUUAAAGUGCCAUGACUGGCACAUAUGUUUAAACACAGAAAACCUACUUACUUUAUUAUCAUGCCCAUUUUGCAUGGUUUGGUGGUUAUCAAUCUUUUUUUCAUCACAAUGUGAUGCUGCUGCAUGUAAAACUAGUGUAGUGUAGUAUAAUCCUGUUAAUUAUUGACCAAUUCAUAUGUAGCACAUUUUUCUAACCAUUAGCACUAAUUAUUUCAUUCCAAACUUUCGACCAUGUAAAAUUGUUUUGUUUUUAAUUAUAGCAACUAUACCCAACUAAUUCAUUAAUUCAUACAACUAAAAGUACAUUUCCAUUGUAAUUUAAUAAUUUUAGUACAUUUAUGUAGUAGGUCUAUAUCGAUGUCAGACAUACUCUGAUACUCAUUGUUUGUAAUACUGUACAUAUAUGUCCUUACUUUGUGGUUUGUUUUUGUUUAUUGAAACUUGAACGGCUUGCCAUUUAUUCUGGUUCAAGCUGGACAUUUUCAGUUUCUGGUGCUAAGAAUUAUUACACACGCAAGACUUAAUUAAUUUAACUUUUUUCUGUGCAAAAGACAUAAAAAUUCAUUUGUUUAUGUUUGGUACUAAUUUGACGGUGACACUGUAUCAAAUUUCAUUAUCAUCAAUUUAGACUUAUUGAAAAGCCCAAUCACUUUUCUUUGGUUUCUAACACGUGUCAAGGUUAGGAUUUUUUUUUAAAUGGCAAGCCUAGAUAAUGGCUUUUUGUGAAAUUUGCAUUUGUUUAUUAUAGUGUGUAGUAAAUUUAAUCAUGUACAUAAAAAUGUGAUUUUAAAA